UGUAACGUCUUUUCUUUAAAUAAUUGUCUUUUGGCAAUUAUUAAAAGUGACGCCUACCCAGUUACUGUUAUUUGAUAACGGAUCCGACUAAAAUUUUUACCACCGACGGUUCUUUUCAUUUUCUCUCUACAAUGUUUCUUUGAUGAAUGGAAUUGGAAAAUAUUUAAAAGAAAGUUAAACAAAAACUUUUUUUUUCACUUUCAUACGUUAAUAAAACGUUGUUGAAAGAAAAUGAAGAAACACGACCGGAGGAUAAUUAUGUCUGAUAUAAUGUGGUAAAAGUUUCACACCGAUUCGUCAUAAAGUAAGGAUAACUGUUCUAACGGAUGAUUUUUGACUAUGUUUUUUAUCAUGAUAAGCGGAUGGAGGAGGAGCUUGAAAUAUUGUUAAGCGGUUUUGUUUCUGUCAAUAUAUCAUAAUAAAUUUAAUAUUAUAUUCUUUUUAGAAUUAUCGUCACUUAAAUAUUGAUUUUAUGUCGUCUAUAGCUAAACUUCCUCAAUUAUUAAUAACAAUUCAAUUGCCUAAUGAAUAUAUUGAUAUGUUAUCAAACAAAUUUAAUAUUGUAUAUCAUCAUAAUAAAUCAGAAUUAAUUGAACGUAAAUUAUUAUUGAAAUUAAUUGAUGAAAAUUAUGUAAAUGCUAUUUUAUUUACAAGUGGUGUUCAAAUAGAUAAAGAAUUAUUAGAACAUUGUGGUAAUCAUUUAAAAGUUUUAUCAACUUUAUCUGUAGGAUAUGAUCAUAUUGAUGUUAAUGAAUGUCAAAAACGUCAUAUACCUAUAGGAUACACACCAAAUGUACAAACAAACUCAAUGGCUGAUUUAACUGUAGCAUUAUUAUUAGCCACAUCAAGACGACUUAUUGAAGGUAUAGAUAUAGUUAAACAAGAAAAUUGGAAUUGGAAUAUAACAUUUUUAUGCGGAAAAUCAUUAGAGAAUUCAACUAUUGGAAUUGUUGGAUUAGGAAAAAUAGGUAGCAAAUGUUGUUGGGGAGCGAAUGUCUUUGGGGAGCAAAUGUCGCGGGAGCAACUGUCUGGGGAACAACAUUCGGGUUACCGCCCAAUUCAUCUAGAUGAGAGAAAAUGA